CGAAGUAGUAUUACUAUUAUUUAUUAUAGACUAAGAUCAGAAUAUCUAUAUCACGCAAUCAUAAUAUUUAUAUGUAUUAGUUGUGACUGUGAAUCUGAAGAUAUCAAGGCAUAAGUAUACCGAAUAUGGAAAACUUUUUGGAGGAAGGAGGAUUGAUGCAUCUUAAAGAAUCUCUGGAGGAAAAUGGAAUAGAUUCAAUUGACCUAAUAACACAACUUGUACAGGAUAAAUCGUUCGAAGAGACAGUGCCUCGAUUGGGAGAUCGAUUGAAGAUAAAAAGGAAACUAUCCCUUUCUCAAAAGACUUGUUAUGAUGAGGUAACAGACCAAAUUUCUACGAAGAAAAUCAUAAUAGACGUUCCGGAUAUCCAUGCAACCCCAUCUGAAGUACAGUCGUUACGCAGUACUUCCUCGAUUGAUUUGGAUUUCACAUCUACACCGAUUGUGUUCAACAUUACACCUACACCUGUGUUGUCCAGUAUUAUAAUUGGAGAUAAUACAUUCCACUUGGAGCAAUUGUUGCAGAAUUCACUCAUGGGUAGGGCUAUUAUCGAACUCUAUAGAACGAACGGACAAUUAUCAACAACUUGUCAAUCUUAUUUGGUGGAGUUAAUCGUUCAACAUUUGAUAAACAUCCAACCUUUCAGGAGACUAACGAAUGAGGACUUUAGAAGACUAUCGAAACAUAUUGUCGAACUAUUUCCUGGUGAAUUACACCAAGUAUAUUUCACCUCUCCAAUAAAAAAAAGAAAUUCCAAAGAUAACAAAAGUGGGGUGGCGAGGGGCAAACUUGUUGACAAAUAUAGGAAUAGGCUGACAUUCCUAAGAAAAUCAGGAAUCAUUUCUGCUAAAUAUACAGAUAAAGAAGAGAUUAAUACACCUGAACCUAAUGAAAGAAAUCUUGAAGAUGAUGACUUCGAAGAAGAUUUGGUUUGGCUGAUACAUAACAGGGAACCCUGGGGAGAAGUGAUAAAUAAAUGGUCUCAGACCUUUGAAUAUAGGAAACAACUCAUCAGGCAGGAUAUAGAGUUUCAGGAGAUUUUACAGAAAUUUCCCAUUAUCAAAAAUCCCCUAGGAUACACUUUAAUUGACAUUGAUUUCAAAAGGACAUUCCAACCACAGUAUCAAUUAAUUUUUAAAAAAUUCGAGCCUAUCUUCCACAAGCUUUUGGAGUUGAAGAAGAAAAACUUGAAUCAUGGUGAUUUACUGAUUGUAGAUCUCAUUCAAUCGGAAAAAAUUAAUGUUGAAAGUCGUCAUUACUACAUGCUUACCUUAUUGGCUUCCCUUUUACCACAAAAAUCAUAUGGAAAGAAGGGCAACAUAUGGCACCCUACAAUAACGGACAGCGUGAAGGGUGUUAUAGUACAUAUUAAGAUUCCUGCUGAAAUCGAGGACACAAUUAAUAGCAAGAGGAAAUUUCUAUCCAAGUACAACCUUCCUCUACUUCCUUUUGUGAUUAUACAAGGGCCAUCCAUUUCAGAAAUUGAAAAUGUUUAUGUUGUCUACAAUGAUAUCAUUUAUCGUUGCGAUGGGGUACUGAAAGCAAUUGAUAUAUGUUUUCAGAUUAUACAUAUUUUCAACUUAAGAUACCCUUAUGAAAGCGAGAACAUAUGGAUGUUUAUUCAAAUAGGUAUGUACAACCUAAACACUCCUUAUGAUAAGAUACCCAAUAUUUUGGAUCUUGUCAACAAAUGUUCAUAGA